GGCCCUUCGCGCGAAAAACUGUAUCCCCUCAUUCAUUGUCAGCUUCCUGGAACCAUUUUUUGAUCCGCUGGAGACGAACUCGCGACCGGAUUAAAUCCGUUGCAUCUGCUAGUUCUCGGGAGUUUUCAUUUAAUAUUUACUAUGGAUCGGUCAUGUAAGACAGUAGUAUAACAGUUACUUUGAUUAUUUUUUGUUGAAUCAUCGCUGAUUUUGUGGAAAUAAGCGCCCAAGUUACAGAGGGACAAAAGGGCAUUCGAGCCUUAAAAUGAGAAAGGGGGUAGCCUCGAUCCCAGAGAGAGUCCUUAUUUCAGGGGUCGGGGGCUCCUCUAUCGACAAAAACACGGUUUUAAUAUCAGAUCGCUAUCCUACUACUACAUACAUACAGAUAAUAACACCUCCGUCCAGCGUAAAUCAGACCUCUAAUGUUGGUCUCCCCGGCCCGACCGGGAGUCUGCUGUACGCAACCCCCAAUCCAUCAUCACCAAACGGGACAGGACAGAACGUCACGCUCGGACGGCCACCGGUAAUCGCCAAGCGCAGGCUGCAGCUGGAGGAGGGAGCGAGGCCGACCAUGGAGGCCAGCGUCCGGGCAGGUCGGGCCAGGAGGAACCCCCCCUCUGUACGGGGUCCCAAAACUCCCAAGUCCCCCCCAGAGAAGACGCGCUACGAUACGUCCCUGGGCCUGCUCACACAGAAGUUUGUGCAGCUGCUGGCGCGCUCGCAGGACGGCGUGGUGGACCUGAACCAGGCCUCACAGGCCCUGCAGGUGCAGAAGAGAAGGCUGUAUGACAUCACCAAUGUCCUGGAGGGCGUGCACCUCAUCAAGAAGAAGUCCAAAAACAACAUCCAGUGGAUGGGCUGCAGCCUGAGUGAGGAGGGCGUGGUGGUGAGGAGCAGCCACGCUCUGGACAGGGAGCUGCAGGAGCUGAGCGUGGAGGAGAGACGACUGGAUGAGCUCAUCCACACGGCCACGUGCAGCGUCUCCCUACUGACCGAGGACCGGCUCAACAAGUCGCUGGCCUACCUGACGUACGAGGACGUGAGGAGGAUCCCCAGUCUGAAGGAGCAGACUGUGAUCGUCAUAAAGGCCCCAGCAGAUACCCGGCUGGAGGUGCCCCACCCAGAGGAGUCUCAUGCACAGAGCCUCCAAGUUCACCUCAGCAGUAUUCAGGGGCCUAUAGAGGUGUUUCUGUGUUCGGAUGACCACGCCCCCUCCACCCCCACAAAGGAAGCUACUGCCUUCUCCAGGAGCUCCUGCUCUCCUGUCAACGGACUCCCCUCCUGCUCCUCCUUCCUCAAGGUGUCCCAAGGAGCUGGCCAGCCCAGCAGCUGUAGUAAUGGCUUCUCCAACCCCCUCUCCAGACUCCCAGAAUGCCCAGCGGUGACGGUGUGCUCUGUCCCCUCCCUCCUCCCCCGUCUUGAGUACCCCUUUGUGGCCCUGUCUCCCCCGCCGGCCCUCUCUCUGGAUGGGGGAGACUACCUGCUGAGCCUGGGGGAGGAUGAGGGUGUGAGCGACUUGUUCUCCCCCUUCCCCCUGCCCCUGCUGCCUCUGGAUGCCCUGCUCUGAGCCCCACCCUGCCUCGUGUCACAGGGGCUGACAUUUUGGAGGCGUUACUAAUCAGACUUUGCCUCACAUUGGGGUAACUUUUCUGGGUUGGGUCACCUUUUCCUGGAGGAAACCACCCCCCCUUCCUGGAGGAAACCAUCCCCCCUUCCUGGAGGAAACCACCCCCCCUUCCUGGAGGAAACCACCCCCCCUUCCUGGAGGAAACCACCCCCCCUUCCUGGAGGAAACCACCCCCCCUUCCUGGAGGAAACUACACCCCCUUCCUGGAGGAAACCACUGGAAUUUGGCCUUGUGAGAGAACAGCCGUCUGUGUGGCUGCCCCUCCUCCCAGGACAGGCAGGGUCAACCAGGCUCUCGCUCGGCCUGCUGUGCUUUCAGAGUUGUGGUUCUGUCCUGGGCCUGUCCUGGGCCUGUCCUGGGCCUGUCCUGGGGUGGCCCAGGACUGUGCAGUGUCCGGGCAGGAGAGCUGCAGGAGCCAAUGCAAGGGCCUGUUCUCCCCGCUUGGUAGGGACAGCAGACUGUUACCACAACCAGACUGUUACCACAACCAGACUGUUACCACAACCAGACUGUUACCACAACCAGACUGUUACCACAACCUGACAAUUACCACAACAUGACUGGGCUCAGUGUUUUACAGGGUAUGGAAUGUGUGUGUGUGUGUGUGUGUGUGUGUGUGUUACUGCCAUCCAUAGUCUGCUGCAAUACCCAGGGACAAGCAAUGGUGCCUCCUUUCUACAUAUCACAUACACCACACACGCGUGCACACACACUCCACACACUAUCCGCACCACACACACAACGCUGAUAAGGAGUGUACCUAGUCCAAUGAUUCAUUUAGUGAGCUGGUAGUGAUGUUUGAACCAGUGUGAGGUUCUGCUGUUCUCAGGGCCCUGCUAGAUUUGACUUGAAAUGACAUGUUGAAUAAUAGAAGUGCAUGUUAUAAAGAGAAGUUCCUUUGUUUUGAUUUGAACCGUCCUCCCUUUUUAUUAUCAUCAGACUUUACCUGACAAUUGGAUGGUUUGCUAACUUGAAUCCUUCCCUCUUGGGCAUCAAUGUUCAGUCUGAGGCUGCAGCAGUCUGAGGCUGCAGCAGUCUGAGGCUGCAGCAGUCUGAGGCUGCAGCAGUCUGAGGCUGCAGCAGUCUGAGGCUUUCCUCAACACGCACGGCUUGUUACAUCUCAGAACUUUGUUUAGCUUUGCUGUCCGAAGUGUUAUAACAUGUGAACAUGGAAGAUUACGUCAACACCAUUGAGAAGUCGCAAGGCUUCAAUCUCAGUUACAGUCUUAUUAAAUGUAGGAUUCAUUAAGUUUAUACACCUCCGGUUCAUGGACUAUAUAGGGGCUCUGUUUGGUUUACAGCCUGUCACUGUGUUGGCUUGAUGUGAUGCCUUGAUGUGUCCUGAAGGUACAUGGAAAUGAUGAUCCAGGAAGUACCGUGUCACCCACCUGUGACAGCUUCCUGCCGGCAAGCAGGCUCCUCCCCCAGGCUGUACUCUGUCCUCAAGCGGCCACGAUGACCAAUGUUAAUGUUUUUCAGUCAUAAAAAAUCGUGUAAUAUUGUCAAUAACUUGAGUCGUGUUUGUCUGCAAGCGACCCUGCUCGUUGCUAGGGCUGUGUUCUGGUUGUCGUCGUGAGGGAUGACUUGAAGAGCAUGUGCUCUUUUUGAUAUCACCUUCACACCGCAGAGUCUUGAGAUUAUGGACGGGCACCAAGUCGGCAAGAAACUGGCUGCAACAACACACGGUUGUAAUAUUGUGUUCCAUAUAGGUUUGUACGGAUAGAGGCUCUUUCGUAAGCAGACGGCUGUUCAAGGAACCACAUUGUUUUACAGAUUCUUUUGCAUUAAAUAUCAGUCCAUUUUCAUUUAGCAUUUCUGGAAUGCUAGCAGAUACAAGUGGAGCUGUGUCCAUCUCUCUGAGUCUGUCAGCUGGGUGUGGUUUCCUGGUGUGGAGCCAGGUUAGAGGAUGGGGUCUGUUUGUACCCGGAGUUCAAAUAUGUACAAAAUAGUGUGUGUGGUAAAUAAAGUUAUCCAGCGUUGUAUUUUCA